AAGAAGAGGCUUCAGAGGAUCCUCUUGCAGGCAGCAAUGGAAGCUGAGAAGAGGGUUGCGUCCAGCAAGAAAGCCGAAAAUAACAGAGACAAGAAGAUGACGAGAAAAGAGAUACUGGAAAAGAAGAAAAAAGUGGAAGACAUAAUCAAAGCUGCUGUUUCUAAGAAAGACCCUCUUUCUUCAUUUCCAUCUUUUCACCAUUACAACACAAAGGAUUUGUCUGUGUACUUGGAUUCUGGACGCGGAGAUAACCUCUCUUCUUCUGUAAAGCAGUAUAUUCAAAACCUCCUCAAGGUGAAUAUGGAGGGGGCAUAUGGAACAGAAUGGCCUAAAGAAGAGAAAGUAAAGCGCAGGGAGAUGGUUUCUUCUGAAGCUCGUUAUAUAUUUGUCUAUGAAACCGUAAAUGCGGAUGCCAACAUUAUGUUCAAAUUAUCAAAGAAAGGAAGGAGUAAUGCAGACGGUACGGAUGAUAAGGGUCAUCUUGUGGCUUUUGUACAUUAUCGCUUCAGCAUCGAGGAAGAAAUUCCUGUUCUUUAUGUGUAUGAAUUACAGCUUGAGCAUCAUGUUCAGGGGAAGGGGCUGGGAAAGUACUUAAUGUUGCUAAUUGAGCUGAUUGCUCAGAAGAGCAAAAUGAGUGCCGUGGUGCUAACUGUUCAGAAGGCAAACAUGACGGCAAUGAGCUUUUAUAGGAAUAAGCUAAGGUACCUGAUAUCUACCAUGUCACCUUCACAGAUGGGGUUACAGUCAAAUUAUGAGAUUCUUUGCAAGUCAUUUGGUUAUGAAGCUAAAGUUGUAUUAGAGGGUGAAGAUAACUGCGUACAAGGUGAUUCAAAAUACCGUCCUGCAAAGCAUCUUACAAAGUUCUAGCAUGUCAGCUUGACGAUAAUGAAACCUGUGAAGAGGUAGCAUAAUGUGAAUUAUUAUGUAAUAGAAAUUGCAAAGCGUAUGAUUGCUGAAGUAGCUUUAUGUUCUAGUUCUCUUGUUAGUCUCAGAUGAUAAUUGAUUAUUAGGCCUUAAGCAUUUUUCAGUAAAUUAUUCGGUGUAUUCGCCGAGCAUCACAACUUGUGCUAUUUAUUCUCCAUCAGGACCAUCACUGUCUUUAUGUUCUUUAUAUAUGCUUGCCUUUUGCUGUUUC